GCAGCCGGAGUCGAGCGAAGGGAGUCCUCCUCGCCGCGCCCCGGAGCGGAGCGUCCCUCUCCCCAUUCCGGUCCCUUCAUGGCGGUCUCCCUUCCCCCGCUCGGGUCGCCUCCGACCCGCCGCUCGGUGCCCGGGGUGCCCGGCGUGGUCCCAGCCGCCUUCGGCCCCCCUCGCUGAGGGGGAGGAGGGAGGAACCAGCCGCCGCCGCCGCCGGCGAGGAGCCCCCAUCGCGGUGCCGCCGCCGCCAGCCCCUCCGAGUGGGCCAUGGCGACCCCGUGCUGGCCCCCUCCGCCCGGGCUCCUCCUGCUGCUCCUGGCGCUCCUCGACGGGGGCGGAGGGGGCCCCGCGGGGCUGCCCGCCGGGUGCAAGCAGGACGCCGGGGGCGGAGGAGGAGGAGGCGGAGGCCGCCCCAGGGGCGCCAAGGCGUCGGCCGCCGAGGGAGGAGGAGGAGGAGGAAAGGUGGUCUGCAGCAGCCUGGAGCUGGACCACGUCCUGCCGCCCGGCGCGCUGCCCAACAGGACGGUCACCCUGAUUCUGAGCAACAAUAGGAUAUCGGAAUUGAAGAAUGGUUCCUUUGCUGGAUUAAGCCUGCUCGAACGAUUGGACCUUAAGAACAAUUUCAUUAGUGCUAUAGAACCAGGAGCCUUCAUAGGACUUUCGUCUUUGAAAAGAUUAGACUUAACGAACAAUCGAAUAGGAUGCCUGAACACAGACAUAUUUAAAGGACUGACAAAUCUCAUUAGAUUAAAUCUUUCAGGAAACUUGUUUUCAUCACUUGCACAAGGAACCUUUGAUUAUCUUACUUCGCUAAAGUCUUUAGAAUUCCAGACUGAUUAUCUUCUAUGUGAUUGUAAUAUGUUGUGGAUGCAGCAGUGGUUACAGGACAGAAACAUAACGGUACGCGAGACCCGAUGUGCUUUCCCCAAGUCACUACAGGCCCAACUGGUUGUGAGUGUUAAGCAGGAGCUUCUGACGUGUGAGCCACCUUUGGAGUUACCAUCUUUCUACAUGACCCCGUCUCAUCGUCAGGUUGUAUUUGAAGGAGACAUUCUGCCUUUCCAGUGUAUGGCUUCAUACAUUGAUCAGGACAUGCAGAUUCUAUGGUAUCAGGAUGGAAAGAUAGUAGAAACCGAUGAAUCCCAGGGCAUUUUUGUUGAAAAGAAUAUGGUUCAUAACUGCUCGCUCAUUGCAAGUGCCUUGACCAUCUCAAAUAUUCAAGCUGGAUCUACGGGCAACUGGGGUUGCCAUGUGCAGACCAAGCGUGGGAAUAAUUCAAGGACCAUUGACAUCGUCGUAUUGGACAGCUCGGCACAGUACUGCCCACCGGAAAGAGUUGUCAACAACAAAGGUGACUUCAGGUGGCCUCGAACGUUGGCAGGCAUUACGGCAUACCUGCUGUGCACUCGUUACUCGGCUGGCAGCGGAAUAUAUACUGGCAACUCUCAAGACGAGAAGAGAGCCUGGCGCAGAUGCAACCGGGGAGGGUUCUGGGCUGAAGAGGAUUACUCACGGUGCCAAUAUGCAAAUGAUGCCACUAGAGUGCUGUACAUGUUCAAUCAGAUGCCCCUCAACCUUACUAACGCAGUGGCAACAGCACGGCAGCUAUUAGCUUAUACUGUGGAAGCAGCAAACUUUUCCGACAAGAUGGAUGUUAUUUUUGUGGCUGAAAUGAUAGAAAAAUUUGGGAGAUUUGCUGAGAAGUACAAAGAGCUUGGCGACGUGAUGGUUGACAUUGCGAGUAACAUCAUGCUAGCUGAUGAGCGCAUCUUGUGGAUGGCACAGAGAGAAGCGAAAGCUUGCACUAGAAUUGUACAGUGCCUACAGAGGAUCGCUACCUACCGGCUGGCAAACGGUGCUCAGGUUUACUCAACGUAUUCUCCGAAUAUUGCCGUGGAAGCCUAUGUCAUCAAGGGCCCCAGCUCCACUGGGAUGACCUGCACCGUCUUCCAGAAGGUGGCUGCCACAGACCGCACAGGACUGCCUGACUACGGGCGGCGAGACGUGGAUGGAAGUUUGGAUAAGCAGUUGGGCUUUAAAUGCAAUGUCUCAAAUACAUUGUCAAGCCUGGCGCUUAAGAACACGGUCAUGGAGGCGUCGAUACAGCUCCCGCCGGCCCUCUUUUCACAAAAGCGCAGAAGGGAAAUCAGGCCGGCAGAUGACACUGCCUACAAGCUUCAGCUGAUUGCCUUCCGCAAUGGGAAACUCUUCCCUGUCACAGGGAAUUCAACCGCUUUAGCUGACGACAGGAAGCGGCGCACCGUGGUCACGCCCGUUAUCCUCACCAAAAUAGAUGGCUUAAGCCCACCCCAUCGACACCUUCCUAUCAAUGUGACAUUUCGGCGCAUUGCCCAUGGCGCGGACGCCGUUGCAGCACAGUGGGACUUCGAUUUGCUAAACGGUCAAGGAGGAUGGAAAUCAGAUGGAUGCCACAUUCUUUCUUCAGAUGAAAAUGUCACCACCAUACAGUGCACCUCGCUCAGUAACUAUGCCGUCUUGAUGGAUUUGACAAGGACAGACUUCCACACCCAGUCCGCUGGCCUGCUGCAUCCAGUGACCUAUGCCUCCGUGGUGAUUCUCCUGAUGUGCCUCUUGGUGAUCGAAGUCAGCUACCUAUACCAUCACAGUGUCAUCAGGAUCAGCCUGAAAAGUUGGCACAUGUUAGUGAACCUCUGCUUUCACAUUUUCCUGACGUGUGCAAUGUACGUGGGAGGCAUACCCCAGAGCAGGAAUGCUACCUUCUGCCAAGCAGUUGGCAUAGUUCUGCACUACUCCACACUGGCCACAUUACUGUGGAUGGGAGUCACUUCUAGGAACAUUUAUAAGCAAGUUACAAGAAAGAUGAAAAGAUGUCAAGAUCCCGAUGAGCCGCCACCUCCUCCCAGGCCAAUGCUUAGGUUCUACCUGAUUGGUGGAGGCAUCCCUGUCAUUGUCUGUGGGAUAACAGCUGCAGCAAACAUCAGGAAUUAUGGAAGCAGGCCCGGUGCAGCAUAUUGCUGGAUGGCGUGGGAACCAAGUUUGGGAGCUUUCUACGGACCUGCCGGUUUUAUUAUUUUUGUAAACUGCAUGUAUUUUCUCAGCAUAUUUAUACAAUUGAAGCGGCACCCUGAGCGCAAGUUUGAGCUGAAAGAGCCAGCGGAGGAACAGCAGCGAUUGGCGUCCAAUGAACAUGGGGAACUAAACCAUCAGGACUCCAUGUCUGUCUCGCUGGUCUCUUCUUCAGCUUUGGAAAAUGAACACAGUUUCCAUGCUCAGCUGCUGGGCGUGAGCCUGACUCUGUUUCUCUACGUGGCCCUGUGGAUUUUGGGGGCUUUUGCUGUUUCUUUACAUUACCCAUUGGAUUUGGUGUUCAGCUGCUUCUUUGGAGUCGUGUGCUUAAGCCUUAGUGGUUUUCUAAUAAUACAUCACUGUGCUAACAGAGAAGACAUCAGGCACGCUUGGAUAACUACCUGCUGUCCCGGAAGGAGCACGUAUUCGGUACAAGUUAACAUUCAGCCUUCCUCCACGGCAAGUGGGACAAACGGGGAGCCUGCCAAGUGCACCAAUAGCAGCGCAGAAUCUUCAUGCACUAAUAAAAGCACAUCGAGCAUAAAAAAUUCUUCUCAAGGUUGCAAACUGACCAAUAUACAGGCUGCAGCAGCACAGUGUCCUCCUAGCUCCUUGGUACUGAACACGGGCCCACCCCUCGAUAACAGUCUUACCGAACACUCGGUAGACAACGAGAUCAAAAUGCACGUGGCCCCUUUAGAGGCCCCUCUGCGACCAAAUGGGCACCCAGGUCGCCAUCACAAAAACAGAAGUAAAGGACACCGGGCCAGCAGGCUCACGGUCUUGCGGGAGUACUCUUACGAUGUCCCCACCAGCGUCGAGGGUAGCAUCCAGAAUGGUUUGCCGAAACCUCGUCAGAGUAGCAGUGAAGGAUACUCCAGGAGCCGGAGAGCGUAUCUGGCAUACCGAGAGCGUCAGUAUACCCAGUCCCAACAGGACAGCAGUGACGCUUGUAGUACUCUUCAAAAAGGCCACAGGAAUACUGAAAAGACAGUCCUGGCCAACUUCAAAAAAGAUGUACUAAGAAAGCCAAUGGUGGUUGAGCUGGAAGGGCAGCAGAAAUCCUAUGGCUUAAAUCUGGCUAUCCAAAGCGGACCAUUGAAAAGCAGUGCCCAGGAUGGGACAUUGCUGAGUGCCGACAGUACCGGCAAUAUCAGGACAGGGUUGUGGAAGCACGAAACUACUGUAUAAUGAGAUAGGAGAGGGAAGGGUAUUAAAAGGAACAUUCUUUUUCAGUUCAGAACAAUUUUUUACAGUUUACAAACAACGGUACGUUGACUUGGGAGACUGUGAGAUAGGGCAGGAGAUCUGCCACAUGAAAAUGCCUUAUACCUUUUUGAGGUACGUCUUUGACAUUUGAACAAAUAAUAAUUUGUUCUUUUUAAUUUUUUUU